UACGAAACCAGGUGAUGCGUUCCGUAAGGGUAUAAAUAACAGAAGUUUGGGGCAGGACUCAGUUAUAAUUCUACAGCGCAAGAGACGAUUUUUCCUUGUCGUAUUGGGGCAUUUUAUUUUCGGUUGGGAGCAGUUGAAAGAAGAUCACAAUGCAGAUCUUUGUGAAAACCCUGACUGGCAAGACCAUCACCCUAGAGGUUGAACCCAGUGACACUAUUGAAAAUGUGAAGGCAAAGAUCCAAGACAAAGAAGGUAUCCCACCAGACCAGCAGAGGUUGAUCUUUGCUGGAAAGCAACUGGAAGAUGGUCGCACCCUUUCUGACUACAACAUCCAAAAAGAAUCCACCCUUCACCUUGUACUUCGGUUGAGAGGUGGUAUGCAGAUCUUUGUAAAAACCCUGACAGGCAAGACCAUCACCCUAGAGGUUGAACCCAGUGACACUAUUGAAAAUGUGAAAGCAAAGAUCCAAGACAAAGAAGGUAUCCCACCAGACCAGCAGAGGUUGAUCUUUGCUGGAAAGCAACUGGAAGAUGGUCGCACCCUUUCUGACUACAACAUCCAAAAAGAAUCCACCCUUCACCUUGUACUUCGGUUGAGAGGUGGUAUGCAGAUCUUUGUAAAAACCCUGACAGGCAAGACCAUCACCCUAGAGGUUGAACCCAGUGACACUAUUGAAAAUGUGAAAGCAAAGAUCCAAGACAAAGAAGGUAUCCCACCAGACCAGCAGAGGUUGAUCUUUGCUGGAAAGCAACUGGAAGAUGGUCGCACCCUUUCUGACUACAACAUCCAAAAAGAAUCCACCCUUCACCUUGUACUUCGGUUGAGAGGUGGUAUGCAGAUCUUUGUAAAAACCCUGACAGGCAAGACCAUCACCCUAGAGGUUGAACCCAGUGACACUAUUGAAAAUGUGAAAGCAAAGAUCCAAGACAAAGAAGGUAUCCCACCAGACCAGCAGAGGUUGAUCUUUGCUGGAAAGCAACUGGAAGAUGGUCGCACCCUUUCUGACUACAACAUCCAAAAAGAAUCCACCCUUCACCUUGUACUUCGGUUGAGAGGUGGUAUGCAGAUCUUUGUAAAAACCCUGACAGGCAAGACCAUCACCCUAGAGGUUGAACCCAGUGACACUAUUGAAAAUGUGAAAGCAAAGAUCCAAGACAAAGAAGGUAUCCCACCAGACCAGCAGAGGUUGAUCUUUGCUGGAAAGCAACUGGAAGAUGGUCGCACCCUUUCUGACUACAACAUCCAAAAAGAAUCCACCCUUCACCUUGUACUUCGGUUGAGAGGUGGUAUGCAGAUCUUUGUAAAAACCCUGACAGGCAAGACCAUCACCCUAGAGGUUGAACCCAGUGACACUAUUGAAAAUGUGAAAGCAAAGAUCCAAGACAAAGAAGGUAUCCCACCAGACCAGCAGAGGUUGAUCUUUGCUGGAAAGCAACUGGAAGAUGGUCGCACCCUUUCUGACUACAACAUCCAAAAAGAAUCCACCCUUCACCUUGUACUUCGGUUGAGAGGUGGUAUGCAGAUCUUUGUAAAAACCCUGACAGGCAAGACCAUCACCCUAGAGGUUGAACCCAGUGACACUAUUGAAAAUGUGAAAGCAAAGAUCCAAGACAAAGAAGGUAUCCCACCAGACCAGCAGAGGUUGAUCUUUGCUGGAAAGCAGCUGGAAGAUGGUCGCACCCUUUCUGACUACAACAUCCAAAAAGAAUCCACCCUUCACCUUGUACUUCGGUUGAGAGGUGGUAUGCAGAUCUUUGUAAAAACCCUGACAGGCAAGACCAUCACCCUAGAGGUUGAACCCAGUGACACUAUUGAAAAUGUGAAAGCAAAGAUCCAAGACAAAGAAGGUAUCCCACCAGACCAGCAGAGGUUGAUCUUUGCUGGAAAGCAACUGGAAGAUGGUCGCACCCUUUCUGACUACAACAUCCAAAAAGAAUCCACCCUUCACCUUGUACUUCGGUUGAGAGGUGGUAUGCAGAUCUUUGUAAAAACCCUGACAGGCAAGACCAUCACCCUAGAGGUUGAACCCAGUGACACUAUUGAAAAUGUGAAAGCAAAGAUCCAAGACAAAGAAGGUAUCCCACCAGACCAGCAGAGGUUGAUCUUUGCUGGAAAGCAACUGGAAGAUGGUCGCACCCUUUCUGACUACAACAUCCAAAAAGAAUCCACCCUUCACCUUGUACUUCGUCUGAGAGGUGGCUGUUAAACCUGAAAGACUAUUGUGUUGCUAGUAGCAGUACCUGUUGCAAAGUUCUUGUUUGUAGUAAAGAUAUAUUAAUGUCUUUGUGUAUUCUAAUAAAGUUUAUUGCAUACUA